UUCUGCAAUGACGGCUUCUGCCACAUGUGCGGCUACACGCGGGCAGAGAUCAUGCAGAAGCCGUGCACCUGCGACUUCCUGUACGGUCCACACACCACACGGCUGGCCAUCGCCCAGAUGGCGCAAGCACUGCUGGGCUCCGAGGAGAGGAAGGUGGAGAUCGCUCUCUACCGCAAGGAUGGUGGGUGUUUCCUCUGCCUGGUGGACGUGGUCCCGGUGAAGAAUGAGGAUGGGGUCGUGAUCAUGUUCAUCCUCAACUUUGAGGUUAUGGACGACAAGCAGGACCAAACUCUGGAUCAAAACCACAAGCUGCCCACACCCUGGCGUUCGUCUAGCCGGACGCGUGGUAUCCGUCUGCGCCUGCCCGUGCUGCGUUCCCUCAGUAACAGUAAGCAGUCUCUCCAGGGUGACCCCGAGGCCGGUCACGUGCCUCACCACCCGCCAGGUACCCCUCCUCGCCGCCGCACUAGUCGUGAGUCCGUGGCGCUCGGUGAGCUCCUGCCUGUACCCGAGAGGUCACGACCUUCGCUCACCCUUUGGCCCGAGGACCAGCGGACGCUGCUGGGCAGAGAUUCUAUCCCCACGCCGCCGCCGACGACGACGUCACAGCCGCUGGACCAGUCGUCGCCGCGGCAACAGCACCGCCUCAACCCGGACGCGUCCACGUCCAACUGCAGCCUGACGCAAAGCCGCUCGCGCGAGAGCUUCUACAGCAUGCGCCGCGCCUCGUCCGUCGACGACAUCGAGGCCAUGCGGCCCGACUGGGACAGGAAGUACCGCACCCGGGCCAGCUGCAGCAGCACAGGUGCGGUCAACAACAAGUCCAACAUCCUGAACUCUACCUCGGACUCUGACCUUAUGCGCUACCGCACCAUCAGCAAGAUCCCGCAGAUCACGCUGAACUUCGUGGACUUCACAGCCGACCCCCUCAUCACCCUGCCCACGGGCGAGAUGGACAUCAUUGCGCCCUGCAAGCUCAUUGACCGCACACACAAUGUCACUGAGAAAGUCACACAGGUGCUGUCGCUAGGCGCCGACGUGCUCCCGGAGUACAAGCUCCAGGCCCCCCGCAUCCACAGCUGGACGGUGCUCCACUACAGCCCCUUCAAGGCCGUCUGGGAUUGGCUGAUCCUGCUGCUCGUCAUCUACACGGCCAUUGUCACGCCCUACUCGGCCGCCUUCCUCCUCAACGACCAAGAGGAGCAGAAGAUCCAGUCGUGCGGCUACUCGUGCAGCCCCCUCAACGUCGUCGACCUCAUAGUGGACAUCAUGUUCAUCAUCGACAUCCUCAUCAACUUCCGCACCACCUAUGUCAACGCCAACGACGAGGUGGUCAGCCACCCUAUCAAGAUCGCCGUGCACUACUUCAAGGGCUGGUUCCUCAUCGACAUGGUGGCAGCCAUCCCCUUUGACCUGCUCAUCUACCGCAAUGGAGAGGAGACGACCACUCUGAUUGGCCUGCUGAAGACGGCCCGUCUGCUGCGAUUGGUGCGCGUGGCCCGUAAGCUUGACCGCUACUCGGAGUACGGCGCGGCCGUGCUCUUCCUGCUCAUGUGCACGUUCGCGCUCAUCGCCCACUGGCUGGCAUGCAUCUGGUACGCCAUCGGCAGCGUGGAGCGCGGUGGCUCCAUCGGCUGGCUGCACGCGCUCGGAGACCAGCUGGGCAAGCCCUACAACAGCUCCAUCAUGGGCUCGGGCCCCUCCGUCAAGGACAAGUACGUGACGGCACUCUACUUCACCUUCAGCAGCCUGACCAGCGUGGGCUUCGGCAACGUCUCGCCCAACACCAACUCCGAGAAGAUCUUCUCCAUCUGCGUCAUGCUCAUCGGCUCUCUGAUGUACGCCAGCAUCUUUGGGAACGUGUCGGCGAUCAUUCAGCGGCUCUACUCCGGCACGGCACGUUACCACACCCAGAUGCUGAGGGUCCGGGAGUUCAUCCGGUUCCACCAGAUCCCCAACCCGCUGCGGCAGAGGCUGGAGGAGUACUUCCAGCACGCCUGGUCCUAUACCAACGGCAUUGACAUGAAUGCGGGAAAUUCCGAUACCCUCGACAGGAACAAAUGGACUACUGAGUCUGUGGUCCCAGAUACAACAGUUGAGGUUCUAAAGGGGUUCCCAGAGUGUCUGCAGGCUGACAUCUGCCUGCAUCUGAACAGGACCCUGCUUCAGAACUGCAAGGCCUUUAAAGGCUCAACCAAAGGCUGUCUGCGCGCUCUGGCCAUGAAGUUUAAGACAACGCACGCACCGCCUGGUGACACGUUGGUCCACGCGGGGGACGUGCUGACCGCCAUCUACUUCAUCUCACGCGGCUCCAUCGAGAUACUGCGCGGAGACGUGGUGGUGGCCAUAUUAGGGAAGAACGACAUCUUUGGGGAGCCCAUUAACCUGUAUGCGCGUCCAGGUAAGUCCAAUGCGGACGUGCGGGCGCUGACCUACUGCGACCUGCACAAGAUUCUCAGGGAGGACGUCCUCGAGGUGCUGGACAUGUACCCCGAGUUCUCCGACCACUUCUGGAGCAACCUGGAGAUCACCUUCAACCUCAGAGAUACCAACAUGAUCCCAGGCUCUCCUAGUAGUGACGACUCUGAAUGUGUGGGAUUCAACCGACUGCGCAGACGCAAGCUGUCCUUCCGCAGACGCACCGAGAAAGAUGAAGCUGAUGCGGGGGAGGUCAAGAAAAGCCAAAAGCCCACUCGCAGGAACAGGAAGAGGGCAGCCAACAACCAAGGGGAGGGGCUUAAACCAGACAGGGAGGGGCACCGGAGUUCUGCCUCCUCCCACUCUAGUGGAGAUGAAGGGGAGGAGUCUCUCCACCCAGGGGCAAACCCUUCUCUCCCCUUAUUGGAGCUGUCCCAGCCUCAGGCCACACCCAGCACAUAUGACACGCCUGAGGCGGACGGAGAUCCCAAAACAGGAAACACCUGCAAUGCACUCUCAGGUGCAUUCUCAGGUGUGUCGAACAUCUUCAGUUUCUGGGGGGAGAGUCGGGGGUCUCGUCAGUACCAGGAGAUUCCCCGCACUAGUCUGCCAUCACCCCCGCCGCUCCACACCCCCAUGCAUAGCAUCAGCCGCCGCCAGCGCUCAGAGGUGGAGGGUCGUCUGGACCUGCUGCAGAAGCAGCUCAACAGGUUAGAGACGCGCAUGUCAACGGACAUCGGUGCGAUCAUGCAGCUGCUGCAGAGGCAGAUGGCUCUAGUGCCCCCGGCCUACAGCACCGUGUCCUCCCCCCCUCAGGGCUCCACCUACACCGGCCCCGUCGAGAGGCUCGUCCAGCCCGUCACACCACUCGAGUCCGAGACGCUAGCCUCGCUGUCACAGAUCUUGGACCAGCGGGACUUUGAGGAGUUCCCCGCUGCGGCCGCCCAGUCCUCCGAGUCCCUGAGGAGCACGGCGGACUUCCAGACGUGCAGCAGCACCCUGCUGCUCACCCCGACCGAGCCUCCUCCUCCUCCUGCCCCUCCUGCGCGGGGCAGCCUGGCCGGCCUCACCCUGCCCCUGCCCCUGCCCCGGCCACUGGAGCUGCCCCUGAGCCUGGACCCCCUCUCCCAGGCACAGGCCCCUCUGCUGGACCAAGAGGCCCAGAGGAGGCUGUCCCUGCCAGAGCCCCAGACGCCUCUGGACUCACGGACACCACAGCGGCACAGCUCCGACCCUGGGAGCUAGGGAGGCAGAGAACGAGGGAGGAGAGAGGGAAGAGAGGAAAGCAGAGGAUGGAGGAGUGAGAGGAGGGGAAGGGGGAUAUUAGAUCUGCCUCUCUCUCUCUCUUUCUUUUCUCUGUCCCUCUCACUUUCACUUUUACCUCUCCCUCUCUCCGUUUCUCUCUCCUCCUCUAUCUUUCACUGUCUUUGAUCUCUCUCUCUCUCCUCAUGGUUCCUGCUCCCUGUAACUUUGUCUUUGAAGAGAAGUAGUUGAAAAGUGAGACACAUGGUCCUCCCUGUUUCACUGGACACUCCACAUAUGGAGUGGACACUCCAAAGUCUCAAUCCAGAGUGUCAGAUAUGUGGUUGAAGACUGCUUUUGCAGUUUCUAGGCUGUUGAUCUGGAUCUGACUGUGUUUAAGGCACCGCUGAAGAAAAGCAUGAGAGAAAACAAUCUCGAGACAGCAGGAGAGACACAACUAUGCCAUCUAUACCUCUUAGACAGAAAGAGUGAGAGUAAGACAGAGAGAAAGAGAGAGACAGAGAGAGAAAGAGAGAGAGAGGGGUUUCUGAUACAGAACUGCUUCUCUCUUCAAACGUCCCUUUACUGCUGUGAAUCCAGUGUUGGAUUACCACAUGAAAAGAAUAAUAAUAAUAUAAGUAGCCAUUUUUUUUCUUGCACUGAAAUUUUUCAGAUUAUUCUAUAUAGUAACUCUAUAUUGACGUCCGCAGCGCUUCCGAACCUGGUUGGGACUGUAGUGUUAGCUGGCCUAACAACAAAACAACAACAACAACAGAUGGCGUCCUCUUCAAUUCUGUUCUGUCUCAUCAUUGGCCCAUUUCCUAAUGUCUUCUAUGUGGAGGCAACGCUCCAUGCUUCAAGAGCACACUGGAUUGGCUGGUUGACACCAGAGAGGGAGGGUCUUCUGAUGUUUGAAAGCCAUUCUGAACAUAUCAAAUUCAUGUGAGAUACGUUGUGUAGAUAGGCAGAGAACAAAGUGAGUGGACAAUAUGCAAGACAGAAACUGCUUGUGUUUGUUUGAGAUCAAAGGUAUGUGUUUCUUUAGGUCAUCUUGCGUCUUGACCCAGCAAUAUUCUGCAGUGAAAACAAAAUCACACCAAUAUUACACAGCUAUGUUUUUUAAAACAAAGCAAAUUUAUUUUCAAAAUUAUUAAACGGAUAUUUGAUGACUUUGAUUGGAUGAACCCUUCCCCACAUGAUCUCUCUGAGUGUUUCCAGACUAUAUUCUCUGUGUCUAGUUUGGCAGCAAGGUAACACACCAUCAGCUAAUCAAUGAUUUUUAGUUGCAGUCAUUUAUUAAUGAUUUAUAUCAUAGUCAUAGAUCAGUCAUAAAAUCCAUGUACUGUAUGUAGUCAAUGAAGAAACUUGGGAAGAGAUCUACUGAAAUUUCUGUGCUGGAACACUUCUCAAUAGCCCAUUAUUAAACAAUAACGCUGAAACAUACUUCAGUACGUGUACAGAAAUGUAAUGUAAAGCAUCCUAUUUUCAGUUUGUUUCAGUUUGUUACAUUUUGUUAAAUCCCAUUUGCACAAAGACAGCAAUCCAGUGACGGGGCCUGCACUGAAGGUUCAAAGACAACCAGUUUACUGUAUGACAGACAAGCAAAGAUUGUAUGACACUGUUGGUUUGUUUGAGCCAAGAGACUAUUUAUUUAUUAGACAUAGAAAGUUUUUUUUUUUUUUUUUUUUUGUAGGUUUCACAGAGUUGUAUUUUUAAUUUUGCAGAGAUCUAUUAAUGUUAUCUGUAAAUUAGUUGGUUGACUGGUGGCGGACAUUUGUGUGCUAACAUUGCCUCCUUCUUCUCAUCCCAUCUCUCUCUCAGAUUGUGUUUGUUUAUUUUUAACAGCUUUGGUACAUUUACAUGUAUGUACAGCACAGACUCCUCCAGUAACAGCAGGAAUUGCACUUCAAAACAUGUCUUUAUUAUUAUUAUUAUUAUUAUUAUUAUUAUUAUUAUUAUUAUUAUACAUUUGUUUAUUCAUUAUCAUGUGUGUAUUGGUUACUGUACAGUAUAUCUUAGUCUGAUUGCUAGACUGUUUGAAACUUAAUAUAUUUAUCUAUUUUAAUAAGACUCAUGCAUGUAAACUGUAAUUGCCAGACAUGCAAAAUGUCUCCUGUCUGUCAUCCACUCAUAAUCAGCCACUAGUUCACCUACAUUCGAACACAGCUUUAAACAUAGAGGAACACUGGAGCCAGAGAAUACAGCUUCCUACUGCCCAGUCUACGCACAGAGAGGCAGGGGAUGUGGGGGUGAAUUUGUGUUUGUUUGUUAGUUUUUUUACAUCUUAAAAAAGUCUGAGUGCUCUUGUCAUGUAAUCUAUGGUUUUGUCAUGAUUUGUAUGGUUUGAGUGAGCGGCGUUUUGAAGCUGGUAUUGGUGCACUUUAGGAGUACAGCCAAAGCUGUGGCCACCCAAACUGCGGCUCUGUUCUCCUGUGGUUCUGGCCGAGCUUGGAUCUCACCCGGGUUUGGUCUGACGCUGCGGUGGAUCCAGUCCAGAGCCAGCCACUAUCGUGGGAGGCUGAGUUGUUAUCUAUUUGGUUCUGGUACCAUGUGGUUCUUCUGGCACUGUGGUUCCGGUGUGUGUGUGUGUGUGUGUGUGUGUGUGUGUCUGUGUCUGUGCAUCUCUGUGUGUGUGUGUGAGUGUGAGAAUGUAUGCAGUGUAAUGUGGUGAGGAUUUUAGUGUUUUGUUUUUGAAAUACGUGAAAUGCGGCUCCUGGGGAGAUUCUCCUGUAAAUCCACUCAUCUAGUGGAGACUCAGCUCUGAGAUGGUCUUCCAUGGACACGGCUGUCUUUUAUUUUUGUUUAAUUAUUAUUUUGUUGUCUUCUCGAGAUUCUCUCGCCAGAAUAUGGCCCUGUGAAUAGUUUUAACUUAAAAAUUCUACAAUGUUCACUCAAUCUAAUAUGGACCUCUGCAUAACACAACAUAUCAACUGAUACUUCAUUUUUUAUAUAAAGUUCAAAAUAGUGAUACAGCAGGUUUCAUUAGAUUUACUUGACUGUGGCUGAGUUCCAAUCAUGAACUAGUCUGCAUUGUUUCUUAGGGAUGGCCAGAUCUUGUGCAUAGUGCAAAUUGCAUAGUGCAAAAUGCUUCUUCACUGUUAGCCGAUGUGGCAUUGCCUAGUGUGUGUAUUUCUCCUUAUCCACGCGGCCACUCUACCAUCUUGUCUGUGCUGAGUUUAAUGUUGUUAUUGUGCUCUAUGGGCAGGUGAGGUAGUGACUGCCACCUAGAAAAGUCAGGACAUUUGCCCACUCCCCCACCCCACCCAAGCCAGCUAUUCUGUGUGCUGUGGUCCACCUCAUAGAGCCCGUGAGAUGAUAAUACAUGAUGACAACUUUUUCAUCCAUGUUGCCAGGCAGUGUUGCUGAUUGAUGUAUGGACACUUUCUCAUUGCAUCAAGCAACAUUUUUUUUUUAUCUGGAGAACUUAAAUCAUCAGUUGGCAAUUAUUCAAUCAGAACACAAUAAACAGGUAAUUUGCCCUUCAGCAUUACCCAAAAAGUUGCAGUAGUAGUAGUAGUAGUAGUAGUUGUAGUAGCCCACAGCAGGCCUAUAGGGGUAUAGGUCAGGUUUAGUACUGUUUUAUAGCCUCUUAGGGGACUUUCAGAACACAUUGAUGCCAGGGAAAGCUCUGUGCCCAUCGGUAAUAGCAAUGCCCAUGAAGAUGGCUCAACUGGCAUGGUCGGGCACUGGAAUGCCCACGCAAUCACUGCUAGCGUCCUUCGUCCUGUCUGUUACAUGCGUGUUCAUGUUAACAUCACAUCAAGUCUCACGUGUGUACAUACUGUUUAGCAGUGCGGAUUUCUUUUUGUUUGUUUGUUUCGUUUUUUUGUUUACCCAAAUGGAUUGCUCUGUUCCCCUUGUACAUACUUUGUAAAGGAAUCACAUUUUUGGCACUCCUAUAGCCAGUACUAUGCAGAAAAUGUCAUUUCUUUGGCAUGCUUUGAAAUGCAGAAAAAAAUACUGUAGAAGAAAAAAGGUAUGUUUUAUUAAACUAUAAUAAUCAUGUGAACACCUACUAUGUUAAUAGCAAUGUUAAUAAUUAUAAUGGUAAUGAUGAAGAUGAUGAUGAUGACGAUGAUGAAGACAACUUUAACAUUGUGCACACUUUGUUUGCAUGCUGCACUGAGGUUCUUUGAGCAAUGAGACGAGAGACAGAGGCAGCUUAUUGGCUGCUGAACAGAGAAUGUGUAGACUGAUGCACUGUACUUUCAGGUCACCAAACAAUUGCUUCCUGUGGGGCUGUCAGACUACAGGAAAACUGGCAUGAGGUUUUGAGUCACACACUACUGUUAACACAUGCGCUGGCUGCUCUGACCACACUCUGUUGGGGGGUUGGUUUAUUUAUGGCCUGAAGAUUAAAACGUUGGCGUGAAUUCAUGUUGUCACAGCAUUCAUAUCAAACACUACCACAAGCUUGAGAAGAAUCCCCAGGUCUUGAUUGUGUGAUAGCAUUAUAAAUGACUGACUUUAUAAAGUUGAAAAUAUUUAUUUCAAUAAACCUCUUUGAAAGCAAAA